CGGACUGAAGCUCGAGCUCUUCAGCGCCCUGCAGUUCAUGCAGCACAGGGAGCGCGACACACAUCACCGCACGUGCACGCGAUUCACGUUUGGAAUAUAACGGCGGUCGAGAAUGAAGGGUGGAGGUUUGGCAGGGAGGUGUAGUCCCUGCUAGAUUCACCACUUCACCACCAUCAUCAUCAUCAUUCCUCACGGUUGUUCCAACUGCAGCCCAUCAUGUCCAAUCACCUGGAGCUGCUAACGGAGCUGCAGCAGCUGGAUAAGGUGCCCAGCCUCGAACGCCUCCGAGCCGCUCAGAAACGCCGCACGCAGCAGCUCAAGCGAUGGGCCGUCUACGAGAAGGAGAUGCAAAACAAGAAGCGCAAGACCGACAAACGGCGCGCCAAUGGUAACCAUGGGAACAUCGCAGAGAACCGUAAAAGGGUUUCGUUUGCGGCAAGCGUUGCUUUGUUGGAGGCCUCGGCGAGAAACGAUCCAGAUGAAGUGCGAUAUCUACUGAAGAACAAUAUUAGUCCUGAUCUGAGUAAUGAAGACGGUCUGACAGCACUGCACCAGUGUUGUAUUGAUAACUAUGAAGAUAUGGUGCAGAUCUUACUGGCUCAUGGAGCGACUGUAAAUGCUCAAGACAAUGAGCUCUGGACGCCGCUGCACGCUGCUGCAACCUGUGGACACACGGGACUCGUCAAGAUCCUCAUACAACAUGGUGCUGACCUGUUAGCUGUGAACUCUGAUGGUAACAUGCCCUAUGACCUCUGUGAGGAUGACCCCACUCUUGACAUCAUAGAGACCGCCAUGGCCAAUCGAGGCAUCACGCAGGAGAUGAUCAAUGAGACGCGAGCGGCGGUGGAGAGGAGGAUGCUGGGAGAUAUUCAGAACAUCCUGCAGGACGGAGCUGACAUCAACAAACACGACUCACAGGGAGCUACACUGCUUCAUAUCGUCGCGGCGAAUGGUUACGUACAGGCCGCAGAGCUGCUGUUAGAGGGCGGAGCCAGAACUGACCUCAGAGAUACUGAUGGGUGGCAACCGUUACACGCUGCUGCAUGCUGGGGACAGGUUCAUGUGGCAGAGCUGCUCGUGUCUCAUGGUGCCAAUCUAAAUGCCAAAACACACAUGGAGGAGACGCCCAUCGAUCUGUGUGAGGACGAGGAGUUCAGGAAUCAUCUACUGGAACUGAAGCACAAGCACGACAUCAUCAUGAAGUCACAGCUCAAACACAAGACGUCACUGUGUCGCAGAACCAGCAGUGCAGGCAGCCGCGGGAAGGUGGUGAGGAGGGCGAGUCUGUCAGACAGACAUAAUCUGUGCAGGAAAGAAUAUCAGACAGAAGCAAUCGUUUGGAGAGGAAGAGAGGACAAGAGAGAACGAGAGUCUGACCAGGAGAAUAGCCAAUCAACUCAGUCUGAGGAAGCUCCUGGAAUCCUGAAGGAAGGAGGUCAUCAGAACGGCUGCAUCUCCACCAGCACGACCCCUACAGCGCCGACCGCUCCUAACAGUGACCCCGUGACCCCUGAGCCUCACCGUGACCCCACCAUCUCCACUGAGGAGUGUAAGCCGAAAGAGCCGCGUGCUCAGACGCUGUCUGAACUCAAAAAGCAGCGCGCCGCCGCCAAACUCCUCAGCCAUCCUGUCCUCAACGGCCGCCCGGGCAACGGCUCCACGGUUUUCACAGAGACCAAAGCCAGUCCCGAGGAUCCGCGCAUGCCUCUGGUGUCGUCCAAUGGCAGCGCGGUUUACUUCACACCCGCCAGUGGAGACCCACCGCUUUUCAGAUUCAAGCAGCCAAUAGAAGAGGAGGACCCCAAAACUCACAGCUGCUGCUGCAUCUCCUAGGUCCACAGAGGAUUCCAAGCGUCUGAUUGGCUGAAAAUUAAACACGUAGCAGAACUCGUGGCCGCCCACUAGCGGAACUCAUCCCACAUUUCACCUGCCAGAGAUUAUUCCUCUGCGAUCGUCCAGUUUCUCUCUCAUUCCGCUCCAAACCUGGACGUUUAAGGAGGCGUUCUGCUGAAGAAAUGCAGGAGAGGAAAAGGGGAAGCAGUGUGAGGUAAUCGCAGGGUAAAGGAAGUCUAAGAGAGAAGCGUCAUGCUGUAAGGUUGAGCGGUGUGACCUCUCUGUGAACUCGUAAACAGGACAGAAAAGUUCUGAAACAAGGAAGGAAAUAUUGCACAUCUGUCCCUCAUCUGUCCCAUCACUUCCAGUAUCGAUUCUGAGCAAAAAUGAAGAUUUCAUUCAUCUUAGUGUACGAUUGUUCUUUAAGCAAACUCACGAUGACGACCACAUCUGACGUUUUGUGCUGUUUUAAAUGCACAAGUCAAGUAAUUCAUAACGUCACGGCCAGAUCUCGUGCGGUUGACCAGUUUGGAAACGUCGAUUUACAUGAGAAGAGAAUAAAACAUUUACAGUCUUUCUGUUGCUGGUGACGUUUGUGAGGCGACAGUUUCAGAAGUGUUUAUGUACAGUAUUUAUUUGUAUAUGUGCACAGAAGCCACUGUACCAUAAUUAUUUAUUGUAUUGCAGAGAGAUGAACUGAUCUACAGCGCAGUUGUGCACGCAAACGAGUUCUGAUGAUUUAUGAAUGCGUCCUUAAAGUCUGUUUUCAGACGGCAGUAUUUUUGUAUGACAGUGUUGGUUAUAAUGGGCAGUUUAAGUGGAUAUGUAAGCGUUAUGGAAGCCCUACAUGUGCAUUUGAAGAAAAUACAAUCUACGUUGGAUUACUCGUCGUUUUCUGCCGUGUUCAGUGUUUUAUAUGAGGGUUCAAGGGUCACUGGGAAGGAUAUCUUGAUGCUCAUGUCUAUAUAAUGCAACCUUUGUUCUGCAAAACCUUUUGAGAUUCACACGCGACAUGCAUGUUUAUUAUGUCAUAAUAGUAACCUCGGUAGCAGAAAAUGCUAAUAUUAUGCGAUUUUCACAUGUCAAAGUAUUUCAUAUAGACACAAUCAUACCUUGACAGAAGUAUUAUUUCAUUUGCACAAUUCUUCCUUUGCUUUAGCUCAUUUAAUUUAAUUAAUUGUCUACUUUAUGUCGCUCUCCUAUUGGGUGCCAAAGUCUUCCAGAAGAUGGACAUCUGAAACAGCCAAUGAGGUUCCAGGAACACUCCAGUAGCCCCUCCCUCUUCUCAACACUCACCCUAUAGAGCUGUUCAGCCGUGAUGUCAGUUUGCAGGCUAAUUCGCCGUGAGUUCCCUCAGAAAUUUCCUAUGGGAUUUUAGAACUGGGAUUUUUGUAUUACGAGUAAAAUAAGAUCUGUGGUGAAAAUUACUUGAAGAGACUUUCAUGUUUUGUUCUAGAACAUAAAUUGCAUGCAGUCAUUCCUCAGUCGUGUAUUUUAAAAAUGCAUGUUGCUAACCUGUUGCUAAAAAAGGCUACAAGAGUCGUCCAUUGCAUAAAGCACGUAGCUCACAGGCUGAUGGGAGUUGUAGUCUUUAAUUAGCAUUUUGAUAUCAACAUGCGUUUUUAAAAAACACAGUAGCUAAAAAAAAUCCAUGACUGAGGUCUGACUGUGUGUGUAAUUCAUGUUCUCUUCAAGUAAUUUUAACCACAGGACUUAUUUUACUUCAUCUAAAACGGCCAUUGUCAGGAAUGCAAACUCAUGAGAGGUGAAAAAGGUGAGAAAGUCAUAGCGGGUGUUCCAGGUGUAUAUUUUCAGUUGAUUUGUUUGUUGUAUUUAAAGCUUUUUAAGUGUUUAACCCUUGUGCGACCUUCGGGACAUUUUUGUCUUUUUCAUUUUUGUUUUUUCGCUCAUUUUGGCUGUGUUAAUGGCAACGGCAUACAUUUUUCCAAAGGUGUGUAUUUUUGGGGGAAUUUUGAUAUUUCAACCUCAGUUCCUAUAAUACAUCUAUAAUACACUGUGUACACAAAAUAGUUACACUCAGGACCUUCAGGACAAAAAUGUCCCCAUUGAAACUCAUUAAAACUGUUAUAUUUGAUCCCAGUGCCAUUAAAGCAUAAAAUCAUGAAUUCUAUGAUAUUAUACUUUCAUUCCGGAGCCCUGGCUUCAAAAUUUACAUUUUUAAUAUUUUCCACCAGAUGGCGCCAUUUUCCUAAUGUUUAGCCUAUGGAGCAAAUACAUGCUUUUCCCCUAUUCUCUGUUUGCUGUAUUAUAGAGCACUGCAGGACAACUGAAUAAAUGAUGCAGCUAAAAUUGUGUGUGUGUGUGUGUGUGUUGGUAUGGAUGUCAGAGUGUGUUUUGUAUGUGUGUAUUGAGAAAUUUGUGUGUGUGUGUGUGUUGGUAUGGAUGUCAGAGUGUGUUUUGUAUGUGUGUAUUGAGAAAUUUGUGUGUGUGUGUGUGUUGGUA